AUUUGUCAAAUAGGCAUCUCGGGGACAUGGUGAUACCAGAAUCCGCAGCAUAUGGCUAGAUUGGAGCCUUAACUAACGGUUAAGAUCUGUUAUUUAGAUCUUAAAUGCGACCACGUGGUAUGAUGAUGCUUCUGGCUUCAUCCUUACCAAACGACAAAAACUUACCUCAAAUGUUAACUAUAUAUUGCAGCAAGAAAUGAAGAGGAUUUAUCCACCCAAAAAAAAAAAAAAAAAAGAAGAGGCCCCAUAUCAUACUAUAUAUAUAAACAUAAUAGUUAGUCUAAGUAAUUCACAUCACAGUCCCAAGUAACAACGAAUCACAAAAAAAAAAAGAACAGAAAAAAAAAUAUGGCUCCUCGAGUGAUAUUCUUCCUGUUCUCACUCAUCUUUCUCUACCACGCAAACACAUCACACUCUAAAGAAGAAAAGAUUCAAGCAUUUCUACACCCUAUUUACAGAGACAACGUCACAAAUCUCUACUCCAUCCCGUUGACCAUCGGUGAAUAUGAACCCGGGAUGAAUCCAACCACCCGGACCUUCCUCAUUGACCUCAACAGCGCCGCACCGCUACUGCAAACCUGCGCCAACGCCGCCAAAUCCGCCUCAUACCACUCCAUAAAAUGUGGCUCCACAAGAUGCAAAUACGCAAACCCGAGCUUUUCCUGUCCCAUCAACCCCACCGCCACCAAGAAACCCUCGUGCCGCAAAUACCUCUCAACUUCUUUGACGACCCGACCCGUCAACACCCGGUUCAUCCGAGACACCGUCGACUUAUUGUACACCUAUAAUGGAGUAUACACUAUGGACUCCGAAAAGAGCUCCACGGUGACUUUGACUUGCACUGACGACUCUACUGCCUUGAAACGUAUCCCCGUGGCUUUCACUGGCUCCAUCGGUCUCGCUAACACCCACUUAUCGAUUCCCUCGCAGCUCAUCUCCAUGUACAAGUUUUCUCCAAAGAUGGCUCUUUGUUUGCCUUCCGCUAAAGGGUUCAAGACUUAUUCCGGUGACUUUUGGAUCGGUGGAGGUCCUUAUUACUAUUAUCCUCCUCUUCUUAAAGAUGUCUCUACGCUCUUUGCCUCCACGCCUCUGCUUCGUGAUAGCAAGUCCAGUGAUUACUUAAUCGAUGUGACGUCUAUCCUAAUCGACGGAAACACCAUUGCUUUACCCAGUGGAGCCACAAAGAUCUGUACUUUGGCUCCUUACACUGUCUUGCACACUUCCAUUUACAAGGCUCUGCUCACAGCCUUCGUUGGAAAGGCCAAGAUGGCUAAAGCUCCGGCUGUGAGGCCUUUCGGUGCGUGCUUCCGUUCCAAUGGAGGACGUGGAGUUCCCAUGAUCGACCUUGUACUGAAGGGAGGGGCUAAGUGGAGGAUCCAGGGGUCGAAUUCUCUUGUGGAGGUGAAGAAGAAUGUGGUUUGUUUAGGGUUUGUUGAUGGAGGUGUGAAGGUGAAGAACCCGAUAGUGAUCGGAGGUUUUCAGAUGGAGGAUAAUUUGUUGGAGUUCGAUCUCAAGGCUUCCAAAUUUUCUUUCUCUUCUUCACUUUUGCGUUACAACACUUCUUGCUCAAUUGAGAGGUUACGCGGGAUGUAAGGCACAUGAUUGAUCAUCUAUGUUAUGAUCGUUAUCAUUUUUCUUUCCAAGUAAUAAAAGUCAACGAGAUCUAACA